GCGGUGCUAUGUUUUUCCAUGAACUUUCAUGUCGCGUCAUGUCAGUGACAGUUGCGGAAGUUUUGGCGCCUUCUUCAUCAUUUCCCUGCAGCCGCCGUAUACAAAGCAAUCGGUUGUGCGUUUUUGUUGUUUGUGGCGAAACUUUUCCCUCGUAUUUGCAAUCGUUUUCGGUGUUUCAACACACAUUUUCCGUCUCUCUGUGCAGUGGAAGUGUAGUUUGGGAUAGUGGUGUAGGAAAGGAAAACCGGCAGCGUAUCAAAAACACCGUCCCGCACACCUAAAACACAAUGAGUUCCCACGGGCUGACUGUUGGUUUCCUUGCGGAAAUCAUGCAAGGUAACGAGCUGCAAAACCCGGUCGUACAGAUUCUCGGCUCCAAGCGCAUCGCCGGCAACGGGGAACAGUCCGAGCGCUUCCGGCUGCUCAUAUCGGACGGUAAGUCGCUGUACAGUUUCGCCAUGCUGGCCACGCAGCUGAACGAUCUGCAGAAGCAGGACAAGCUGCCACAGUACACCAUCAUCCGGAUCGAUCGCUACACCACCUCGGUCGUGAACCGGAACGAGAAGGGCGAGAAGCGGGUGCUGAUCAUCGUCGAGCUGACCGUGCUGAAGGAGGGCAGCUUGGUGGGGGAAAAGAUUGGCGAUCCGCAACCGAUGACGGACACACCGUCCCAGCCGGCCACCACGCAGGCCCCUGCCCGCCCGAUGGACACUGGCAGCAGUAGCAUGGGCAAUGGUGGUUCGUACGGCAGCGUCAACCGCUCCCUGUCGGGCGGUUCCGCCGGUCCGACGCAAUCGAUCGGCGACUCGCUCACCCAUCCCAUCUCCUCGCUCAGCCCGUACCAGAACAAGUGGGUGAUCAAGGCGCGGGUGAUGUCCAAGUCGGGCAUCCGCACGUGGAGCAAUGCGAAGGGCGAGGGCAAGCUGUUCAGCAUGGACGUGAUGGACGAGUCGGGCGAGAUUCGCAUCACCGCGUUCAAGGAGCAGUGCGACCGGUACUACGACAUGAUCGAGGUCGACAAGGUGUACUUCAUCUCGAAGUGCCAGCUCAAGCCGGCCAACAAGCAGUACACCAGCCUGAAGAACGACUACGAGAUGACGAUGACGAACGACACGAUCGUGCAGGAGUGCAAGGAUGCGGACGGUUCGAUGCCCGAAAUACAGUACAACUUUGUGCCGAUCUCGCAGAUCGCCAACAUGGAACCGAACGCGAUGGUCGACGUGAUUGGCAUGUGCAAGGACGCGAGCGAUGUGGUCCAGUUUACGGCGAAAACGUCCGGCCGGGAGUUGCGCAAGCGCGAAAUUACGCUCGUCGAUUCGAGCAACGCAUCGGUGCAGCUGACGCUCUGGGGUGACGAUGCACAGAACUUCCCCGCCACCACGCAUCCGGUCGUGCUGCUCAAGGGAGCGCGGGUGUCCGAGUUCGGUGGCGGUAAGUCGCUCGGCCUGAUCGGUGGCAGUGUGAUGAAGCUCAAUCCGGACCUGGAGAUGGCACACAAGGUGCGCGGUUGGUUCGAGAACGGUGGCAGCGAGGCGUCGGUUAGCAGCGUGUCGGCCCGCACCGGUGGUGCCGCCGGCGUCAGCACCGAGUGGCUGUCGUUCCAGGAGGCGAAGGAUAAGAACCUGGGCGCCGGCGACAAACCCGACUACUUCCAGGUGAAGGCAAUGAUACACACGAUCAAGUCGGCAAACGCGGUGUACAAGGCGUGCCCGCAGGCGGACUGCAACAAGAAGGUGAUCGAUCAGGAGAAUGGCCAGUUUCGCUGCGAGAAGUGUAAUGCCGAGUUUCCCAACUUCAAGUACCGGCUGCUGGUGAAUAUGCUCAUUGGCGAUUGGACGUCGAACCGCUGGGUGACGGUGUUUACGGAGCUGGCCGAAGAGAUGCUGGGCAAAUCGUCGCAAGAGAUCGGCAGCAGUCUGGAGUACCAGAAGGAGGAGGCGGAAAAGCUGUUCACCUCGAUCAGCUUCAAAUCGUUCGUGUUCAAGCUGCGCACCAAGGUGGAGUACUUUGGCGAGCAGCCGCGCAACAAAACGUCCGCCGUCAGUGUGGCCCCGGUCAAUCACAAGGAGUACAAUGCGCUGCUGAUCAAAAGCAUCCAGGAGCUAACCGGUGUGGGCAAAAACUAACCCAACCCCUCUCUCACACACACUCAUAAGCGCGGCAUGUUUCGGUUUGGAGCAUAAGUAUACACUUCCAUCCCGUUUUCUUUCCAUCUUGCUUUUUUCUCUUACUUUUUAAAAUUAGUUCUACAACUACUACACACAUACAAACAAACACACAUUAUACAGCGAAUAAAAAAUAUGAGUGUCUCUUGGCGGACGCUACUCAUAA